AUAUAACAGAGUGGAUAUUUUCUGCAGCGCAAUGACAAGGACAGAAUUUGUUUUUGGCUGAACCGCAACAGCUGGACCAGACCUAUAAUCGCCAGCGUCCAUGACUGACUGACCGUUGAGAGGAGGACUCGCAGCUCCUGCCCGCACUUCUCCAAAUGCCACCGGACACCGACAGCGGCCUCGGACUGGACGGACGGAUACACAGCGGGACCGCGACGCACGGGACUCACCGGGAACAUGGCGGCGGGAACAACGACCUGCAUGCUACCGUAGCGACGAUAUAACCGAGGCUGGUGGGCUGGUAACGGAGGAGCAUCACUUCACACAGAGGCGAUGAGGGGAAACCUGAAGGCAGCAGCCCGUUUCUAAGCAACAACAACAGCAACACAGCGUGCGGUACCACACACCAUGGGCUACAAGAGGAGAAGGAGGAGGAGCUGCCGGGCGCCACAUCCUCCAGCGGUCUCGUCAGAGGUCCACAGCUGUAAAUUCAGCCACAUUUUGCAGAUCCCCGGGGCGGCGAUGGACAGAGUUAGCCUGCUGUGGCGUCUGAGGCGUCGGGCUCGCCGCGGAGCGGUCUGCAUGGCCUUCUUCUGCAUCUGCAUGGCUCUGCUCUACGCCCUGUGUGCCGAAAACAGCGUGCCCGUCACCGACGCAAUCUUUGGGGUGCGGGCGCGAACCCGGGCUCAGCCUCGUGCACACUCUGUCAUUAAGGUGCUGCGAGGAGGAGCCAAGCCCAUGUACAUCGACCCUCAGAAGCUCCCAGGUGUCAUCCCAGGUGAUCCUCACCGUCCAAUCCCUGUCCUCUCCUCUCCGAACCACACCCACGAAGGCGGGGACCUGCCAUCGAAGCGGAAGUCGAGAGAGCGGGAGCCCUCCGGGUUUCUCGCUCAUCUGCUGCCACGCCCCUUCACGCGUGCACUGGAGACCCUGUUCGGAGGCCGGCGGAGGGGGGAGCUGAGCGGCAAAGGCGGGGACGCGGAGUUCUUCGGACCCAACGGUCCUCUGGGAGAGGUGUGGGACGAUGAGAUGUCCAGUAGCAUGCUGGGAAGCAGACUGAGGAGGGUUGUGCAGAACUAUCAGGCGAUGAAUAAAUAUGGAGUUGAGGUUUCCGGCCCCGGUGGUGUGUCCAGCAGACCGAAGCUGAGCGGCCCUGAGCUUCUCUGCCAACUGAAGGACAAGGUAGAGGUCACGACUUUGACCCCUGACCUCCAGCCCUUCUCGUCAUUGCCCUGGGCCACACAACUGCCGCCAAAGUCGCUGACCGCUGACCUCGGGCCGUACAAGAGCUGCGCCGUGGUGUCAUCGGCGGGGUCGCUCCGCUACUCCGGACUUGGCAAAGAGAUAGACUCUCAUGACGCUGUGCUGCGCUUCAACGCUGCGCCCACCACUGGCUACGAGAAGGACGUCGGCUCCAAAACAACCAUUCGCCUCAUCAACUCACAGGUGAUGGCAUCUGAUGACCAUCGUUUCCUGUCCAGUUCUCUGUACAGCUCAGGUGUUCUGGUGGCCUGGGACCCCGCCCCCUUUUCAGCUGAUCUCACUCAGUGGUACAACAGGACAGACUACCCCAUCUUCAUCCAGUACCAGAGAUACCGGAGGCUUCACCCUCUGCAGCCCUUCUACAUCCUGCAUCCUCGCUUCGAGUGGCAGGUCUGGCAAAGAAUACAAGACAACAUGGCCGAACCCAUCCAGAGGAACCCGCCGUCAUCCGGCUUCCUCGGCACCGUCCUCAUGAUGUCUCUGUGCGAGGUGGUGCACGUUUACGAGUUCCUGCCGUCGCGGAGGAAGACGGAGCUCUGCCAUUACUACCAGCGUUUUUACGACGCCGCCUGCACGCUCGGCGCCUACCACCCCCUCCUGUAUGAGAAGAACCUGGUCAAACGCAUGAACCAGGGCUCCGACCGAGACAUCUUCACCCACGGACGCAUCACACUGCCUGGGUUCAGCAAGGUGAACUGCACCCAGGCUGCCGGAGGUUCACCGGGCCACUGACUGAGAGGAGCGGUGAAGCUCUCUCUCACACACACACACACACACACACACACACACACACACACACACACACACACACACACGAUGCAAAGCAGAACCCUGCAUGAAGAAGACGACGAGGACAGACGCAUGAAAACAUUCUCACUGCCGAACAAAAUGAACGCUGUGCCACUCACUAUAAAUAUUACAUGUUGUUACCACACUGUAAACACUGAACACACACACACACACACACACACACACAUAUACACACUGGAGUCCAAUCAACUGAUAGAUGUGCCUGCUGUUCACACAUUCAUAUUCCACUGAUCAUUUUCAUCCAUGAAGCCUAAACUAAGACAAAGACAGAGUCUGAACCAGUGAGAUGAGCAAUCCUGCCCUCACACCUUCACCUCCAUGUUUGACUUUUACUUUGAAAAGCUGCUCUUCCUUUGUUGGAUGUUUGGACGACAGCAGCUUCACACUGAGCUCUGUUGUUCAGGCAGGAGGUGAAGUUUGGGUUUUUCACUGCCGACGCUGCUUCCUCCCUGUGAACAUGUGAUCACGCUGAGGACCAAUCAGAUUUAGUUCAUAAAGACUCACACCGUGUGAAAAACACAGAAUCUGCAGCUGCUUUUCUUGGCCCAUGUGGGGGAUUUUUCACUUCCCUGUUUUCAGGGCCUGAAAAUCCCUCUUCCUGUGUCGUGUCCACCAGGGUUUAAACUGUGAUGUGCGAGGAAGUUUGAUGCCGUACGACAAAAUAAAUUCAGUUCACCUUCAUUAUACUGAUGAACUUUCAGAUCUCAAACUAAAUCCAACUUUUCUAAACGACCAGAAACCCUGAAAGAAAAGAUUGAACAUUUUAUUUUUAUUUGAUGUAUUUAUUUAUUUAUGUGUUUGUUUAUUUAUUUAUUGGUAAUUUGGGUGAAGUCGCCCUUUACUCCAUGAAACAAAGUCAAAAAGACACAAACACAAAGCGACUUGAACUGAAAAUUAAAAUGUAGCAACAGGUUUGAUUUUUAGGUUUAAGGUGAGACGCUGAGUUUAACCCCUGGUGUCCACGACCGCACCAGACACAGAAUAAACAUCCUGAAAAUGGAAGUGAACUCAAACUAUUAUAGAAGAUAAAAUAGUGAAACUAUGGAAAUGUGCUUUUAAACCAGGUGGUUACAAGAGUCACAGAACUUAACGACAGCUUCUGCUUCUGCUUCUGUUUACUGUUCAGUUUAAUAGACCUGGUGUGAUGAUCGAUAAAUCUGAGGCAGGAACAACUACAGUGUUUUCAUUUUAAGCAUCACUUUAAGCUUCACAGUGUGAAUGAGUCAUUUUCUGCCAAAUAUGUUUUACAGUAAGAAAAACUGCUCGUAGCGCUCGCUAGCUAACUGCUAACAUACAAAACAUAAAAUAUUCUUUUGUUUUAUAAAGUUACAGGUUAUGUGUUGUAAAGUUCCUGUGGUGGAAAGUGAUGAUGAUGAUGAUGAUGAUGAUGAUGAUGGUCUGGAAAUUCCCACCUGUGUCUGUGAAGCUGAAAUCCUGGUCCAUCAUCUCACCUGACUGGAAAACACAACAGGAGGACACUGCUCCUUUAAGAAACGUGCGGAGGGCAGGUGUAAAGACCACACACACACACACACACACACACACACACACACACACACCUGUUCAUUGAAGAAAAUACUGCCUGCAGACGACUCGACUCCCGACCUCCCACCUUCUGUCACCAGUGACCCAUUAGACUUUCCCUUCAACAGACUCAAACACAUUUUGUACUCGCUCUGUCGACCCUGUGACGACCUGCUCCCACUGCUCUUUUUAUAGCCCUAGCACAGUGUGUAUAUAUUAUCACAGUGAUGCCCCGGAGGACGCUCUGUAGUGUGAUUCUGUGACUCGGCACGAAGCAGAUCAGAGUUUUAAUUCUACAAACCUUCAUGAGACGCAGAUCUGUUCAGAAAAAAUGGACGACAUGUUUGUAGCUUUUUUAUUUGAUUUUUCAGAUAUAACAGAGAUACAGUUUUUUUUUUGUGAGAAACAAGUUAACGUGAAAUAUUUCUUGUUAAAACUGAAUCAUUUGGUUUCCAAUAAUGUAAAAAAUAUCUUCUUGGAACACAAAACAGAUCUCGCAAAAGUUUCUCAAUAUGAGUCGUUAGCAUGAAUGAAAUUCCUGUCGAUGUCUCAGACGUCACACGACGUCAUGAUGUUCCCACGGUGGGGAAAAAAACUUCCACCAAUCAGUGGGAUGUUGAGAAGGUUUUUAUGUCAUUAAGUAACGUCCAGGACGCGGCUGAUGCUAACUAAGCAGAGGGAGGCCGCACGCGCAAAUAUUUUUUUAUCUCGUUAUAUCGAGAUAACAAGCUUUGUUAUCUUUAGAUAAAUAAAAACAUUUGUGAGUGUGACCUUCCUCGGCUUCUGUAGCUUCCAUCAUUUCACUGGCUGGUUUAAACUCAUUCUCUCUGGCAGAGCAGUUUUAUUCUUACAGCUGGAGUUAGUGGAGGAGAGGAGCUGAUAUCUUUAAAAGUUAAAAUGUCUAAAUGAAAGAUAGAAGGAAAUGAUCACAGCUCCCACAAGGAUUCCUUCUCCUCUGUUUAAAUUCUCCAACUGUGACGUGUAAUGUUUGAGGAAGUAAAGCUCCUGCCUGUUGUGUUGCCAGUGUUGUCACAGUAGAGAGCGACCUCGGGGCACUCUGACUUUUACUCUGCUGUUACUGACGCAUGUGAACCAGCUGUAAAACCUUUUCUCCAAACUAGUGUAGCAACAGGAGAAAAAACAAUCUAACUACAUCUCUGAUUAACACAGAGAUUAACCGCAUGGCUCGAACGCAUCGUUUUUUGUUGUUUCUUUUUCUCACAGAAGGCGACCGCUGAUGUGAAACAUGGUUAUUGUUAUCGGUGUCAUCACAUGUGAGCCAGGUCAGGUGCAUGCAAACAGAGACAAUGAGCCUGGAUUAGACAGAGUGGAUGGAUUAAACUGGAUUAUCAAAUCCCAGGCAGAGUCCCAGACUCAUUGCUCGUCGAUAUGUUUUGGUUAUUUGAUUAAUUGCAGAUUUGUUCAGGAAACUGAACUGAGGUCAGAUAAAGCUGGGCAGACACUGUGUGAUGAUCUUGUGUGGUGUUUUAAUCUCCCUUUCUGCGCAACCACAACAAACAGCUUCUCUUCCUGCAGAAAACACAGACAGAAAAAUGCAAAACGUAACAUGGAUCUGAUGAUGGCGAGAUGCAAACAAGAGUCAAAUGUUGAUCCAAAUGAACAAAUUCAAACCAAAUCCAGUAACUUUUCCACUUCUGCCAAAUGUUAAAACCUUUUAUUGAUUCAUUUUUUAAACGUCCCGUGUUCCCGCUCUUGUAACUUUGUAAACAAAUGGAUGGAAAUGCACUUUGUUUGGUUUCUUUUAAAAGUCAACCAGAGAGGAGCCUCUUUUCUGAUUGGCUGACUGUUUUCUGAGUGAUCCAAUAAGAAUAUAGCAGAUUUCAGGUAAAAACACUCAGAGAAACCAAGGUUUGGAUGGUGGGUCCAGGUGGGCGGGGCUUGGUGACUGCUUUGUUGUCACAUCACAAAGUUCCAGAAGUCCUGACGGCUGGUUUUAAGGCUCAGUUUCUGAAUACAGGCUGUGUGCAUUUCUCUGUGGACUGAGGCUUUGAUACUUUCACAGUAUUAAUAUAGAAGCUAAAGCUGAUCUAUAAUCACACUACACAUGGACACAGACCUUUACACUGGAGGAGCUUUAAAUUGCACAGUGUCCACCCGGCUUCAUGUAGCUGCCUUGACUUGUCGUGAACGCCUGUGUUUAUUAUUUUAAUUUAUAUUGUGCUGCACAUUCCUAAACAAAGAUGUGUUUAAUCAGAUUACCACAAACUACCUGACACAGAAAGCCUCCUGGGAACUGCAGGUGUUAAUCUGAACUGGUUGUACUGGUUGUACUGGUUGUACUGGUUGGUUUCUGAACGAAUCAAGAGCUCGAGCUCAAGUCUCCCAAGAAACCCCGCCGCUCCGCUGUUGUUUUUCUACUCAUUUCAGCCUCAUGUUUUUUUACCAGAACUUGUAUUGUUUAUUCAGGAGGCGAAACACUUGAAUAAUUGAUGUCAUUGCGUUUCAGAGGAGAACAUUUUCUCCCUAUGCAGUUGCACUCUCGUCCCAACUCCUGCUCAUUUAAUUUCAGCCGUCACCGACAGUUUAUGUGAAAGCUGUUGACAUUUUUAUUUCAGCUUACAGAUGCACUUUGCCUUUGCUUUGCCUUUCCCCUCUUGGUUUCUGAGAAGGUUGGUUGCUAAGCUGUUUUAUUGUGGUUUCAUGCAGUUAAUGUAUUUCUGUGGCACUGAACACUUGUCAGUUGAUAUGAGAACAAAAAUAUCCUAGAAACAUACAACUGAUCGUAGUGAGCGUUUCAUAUCGAUGGCAGGACAUGAACAACAUGUUAAAGCUCGAGUUCAGUUUUCCUGAAGUGUAAAUGCCAAAUAUACAGUUUGCUUGUUCCUAAGUGAGUCCACAUUUUUAACUUGUGUUAUUUCUAUUAAAUGUUAUUUGGGCUACAUGAUGUAAAACCUGUGUAAUAAUUUUAUACAGUGGUUCCCAACCUGAGGGGUUCAGGAUCCUCAAUAGGGUGUAAUUUCCGGCAUCUGGCAUCAGCUGCUCUUUUCUUCGUAGUGGAUGAACCUGCAGAAAUGACUCAGGGCUGAAAAAGUCCACAACCCUCUACAACUCUAAAUAAUGUAAAUAAUAAAUAGAUCAUUUACAUAUA